CUCACCCGGCGCCUCGUGUGCAACUCUCCUCUACGAAUCAAAAUGGCGGCGCCGCAUGGCGUAAAAUUGAAGGAUUUAACGUGUGAUUUUACGGACAACAUAUCAGCACACGCGCACCAGGACGCUCAGUUUGAAUUUGGAAAACAUGACGUUCCCGUCUUUGAUCUGGAUGUGGGAAAGAUCUCAGACGCUCUCAGUCUCCAUGGAGGCCUGGAUCCUUCAAUUUUAUCCAUCUUUCAGGAAAAGAUUGCGACUGAAAGUGUGGAAAGUGAGGCGUCGCUUCUGUCAGCGCUGAGCGAGAUUUUGGACAGCGUAGACGUAGAGACGUUGUCACCGUUCGACGUGCUUCCAGACGCAGACAUUUUUUCAGCUCGGAAGGAUUCAAACUACACACUCAGAGAUCUUCUGCAUUCAGAUCCAGCAGCAGCGCUUCAAGGCCCCAAAACCUCACAAUCACCAAAGUCAGGAAAAGAGGUGGUGAUAUCCGACAGACAGUUGAGACCCCGUCGCCAUUCGGAAACCCAGAGUAAGAUCUCACAGCGAGCCGACGAUGAGAAGAACCCGAGAGAGAGCAAGAGGAGCGCGAGAAGCUUUCGCAUCGAAUCCGACACCAUAUUCCCACAAGACGAGCGGGAAUUCCUCGCAGAUUUAGUGAGACACAUGCAUCCGUACUGCAUCAGGACCGAUCCGGAGAAAGAGGUCCACGUGUCUGUGGAGGAAGAGGAAGAGGAGGAGUUUGUAGAUGUUGAAGGUUACGAGGAACCAGAAGGGAACCAAUCAGGACAAGAUCCGAAAGCAGAAAGCGGCUCAUCUCGGAUCCCCAAAUCCGAAAAGGAUGAAGAUGUGUUUGGAGAUGACGGAAAUAUCUCGUCGUUAGACAAACGUGUUUUGACGCCAGCUCCUCAGCGAAGAAGCGCUUUACUCAAAACCAGGGAAAAAAACAGGAAGACGGUGACAUUUGCAGUCAAUUUAACCCUCGUUCACGAGAUUCCUCCUGACGAUGAGUCCGACUCCGAUUCGGAAUCCACAUCCUCUAAAAGUGACAUCACUUCCCCUCAGAAGCCUAAAGCGCUCAGUCUUCAACAGUACCGUCUCCUCAGACAGAACAAACAACCUCGUGAAGAGACACGAAAGGACUAUCGGACGAAAUGGCCUUCGCUUCCAGACUUUCCCAGGGAGCUUCCGGCUAUUCUGCCGGAUUUGAUUAAGGUGGGCCCGAAGUUGAAUGUAAACGCGUGUUGUGGUGCGAUAGAUAAAGCUCCAACUGUUGAGGUGAAGAUAUCGGCAUCCCAGCCACGAGAAAUCACGCGUUCGUCACGUGUAAAGCUCAGAAGGCCCGAAAAUCUUUGCACUGAUCCUCCAAACCCGGUUCUAGUGCGCCUGAAGCCCAUGCUGUCAUCGGGGAUAAACACGCAGCCGGCGCUAACACACUCCCAAGCUGACGUCUGCGUUUCCCGUGAAGAGGUUCGACCCGCCGAGGUCGUGCCUGUGAUCAUCAAAGCCACAGAUUCAGCAACGAGAACCGGAUCAGAACCGUCAGACUCGGUACCGACGCCCACGAGCGUCGCAGAGAACCCCGAAGGACAGCAGAACCAGACCCCGUGUGGAGAAAUCGGAAUUGAAGCCACUGAUCUGACCAGCCUUUUGGAGCAGUUUGAGACUCAAGCUUCUGAAGGGCCGAAUCUUCCAGACGUUUCCCGGGAUGAGCAUCAGGAUGGCCAGGCGAUGGAUCUCAGUAGCACUGCAGGACUAACUCCGCCCGCCACUCCUCCACAUCAGACCUGGAAGCCCCUGGUGCCGGUCAAAGCCACAAAGUCCAGCAAAACCAUUCAGAUUAUUGAACCCCGCCCUUUGCCGCCCAGCAAAACUCAUUCAAAACUUCCCACCUUCACUCCUGCGUCGAAUCCCGCUCAACUUUUCCUGGAUCACGAUUACUGUGGGAUUCUGGGAAGCAAGACGCCGUUCAACUCGGUUUCGAGCCCUUGCGAUUACAGGGUGUUGUUGUCACCUGACAGCUCGCCCUGCAGGACAGACACGCUUGAGGAGGCGGAGGGCUUGCGCUUCUCCGCCCCCUCUCCGAGCCCAUUGGACCGUGGGAGGAGGAAGAGGCGGGGUUAUGAUGGAGGAUAUCGGCGCUCCAGGUCAAGGUCAUCGUGCUCUUCUUGUUCUUCAUCGUCAUCGUCAUCUCCUUCCAGGUCUCGUUCACCGCCCAAAAAAAGGUACAGGUCCAGGCAUUCUGGAAGCAGUUCCUCCUCGCGCUCCAGUUCCCGCUCCUCAUCUCCUCCUCGCGAGCGCCGAUCCAGAUCUAGAUCCAGAUCUUUACGUGGCUCUCGAUCCGGUUCACACUCGCCGGAGCCGGACUGGAGCGAGUCUCGCUGCACAUGGAAGAGUCGCAGACAGAAGGAGCUGAUCCGGCUUCGGGAAGAGGCUCGCAAACUCCGCCAGCAGAAAGCCAUCGAGGAGCGUAGGGUUGUGUAUGUGGGAGGAAUCCGCGGAAACAUGUCGCCUUCCGACCUCAAAGAUCGAUUCUCGCUGUUCGGGAAGGUCGAGGAUUGCACAAUCCACAUCAGGAGUCACGGAGAUAACUACGGCUUCGUCACGUAUUACAGCAGAGACGACGCUUACGCUGCCAUCGAGAACGGGGGGAAACUGAGGCGCUCAGACGAGCUUCCCUUCGACCUUUGCUUCGGCGGCAGACGCCAGUUCUGUAAAUCCAGCUAUGCAGAUUUAGAUUCUCACCGAGACGUCGAUGGCUCGCCGAGGAGCCGAUGCGAGUCGUUCGACUUCGACUCGCUUCUGAAACAGGCUCAGAGACAGAAGAGGUAGCGGCGAAGACUCGACGUCCCUUCAGAGCACUGAAACGAACCAAUUUACCUGAAUCAGCUUAAAUCGACAAUUUAAUUGCUGGUUUCCAGUUCAGUUUUGGACACUUUCGUUCUGGUUUUGGCUGGUCUCUCAUCAUGACUCACUUGCAAUGAAACUAGCUUGUUCCAGUAACUGUUCAAACUGGUUUAAAGGAGUAUUCUGGGUUUAGCACAACUAUUAAAGGGAUAGUUCACCCAAAAAUAAAAACUACUCUCUACUAAAAGUAAUUACUCUCCCUCAUGUUGUUCAACCUCGUAAGACUUUCGUUCGUCUUGAUAUCUUUUAUAACUUUCUGGGCCGGUUUCAAUAACACAGAAGCCUCUGGAGGAGUGAACUCUCGGAUUUAAUCAAAUAUCUUCAUUUGUGUUCGGAAGAUGAACGAAAGUCUUACGGGGAUGAACAACAUGAGGGAGAGUAAUUGGUGAACUAUCCCUUUAACUUCAUCUGUAAUUGAUAAACGCUCUUACAUUAGGAGUCAAUGCCGUACAGAUGAUGUUUAUAGAGAUUUACUCGAGUUGUUUUUCAGAAGAGUCAUUUGCACUUCACUAAACUGACUUUCUUACUUGACAGUAAAAACCUUCUGUUGAAGUUUUGUUGUUUAUAAAUUUUGUACAUAAGAAUGGAACGCAUUACAGGAUGAAAUCAUCAUCACGGAAGGACAAUGGUGAAUGGUUUGUCUUCUAUAUCUAGUCUGACGUUUUUUUUGUUUUUUUUUAAGUGAUACCAAAAAUGUUUUCUCAUCUUUCUCAGUUGGAAUGAUGAAGCUAUAACUAAAUAAAAAAAAAAGUUUAUGUACUAA